AUGCAUUCCCCCUCUCAAUCCACCGCAGAUGCCGCUCGAUCCGACGCUGAGGCCGUUCUGACCAGCGUUGGCGGCGACGCUAUCCAGUAUCCAGAGGGUAGAAACGCCAGGAACGUCGAGCCGUCGACCUCACAGGGUAACGUCUCAGGCUUCUUCGACUUCUCAUGUCUCGCUUCACCCCGCUCUAUCAAGGGUUACUCUGCGCAGCCCCAGCGUUGCGGAUCGGGCUCCAGCUGCUUGUUCCCGAGAGCUUUUGGCCCAUCGUUGUCGCCAUCGUCGGUCGUUCCGUUCCCACUUUCCUCGGGGAUACGUCUUCGAAACCACUGCGCGUUGGUACGGGCCAAUGGCAAAAAAUACCGCGCUUGCGCGUGUAUCGACUGA